AUGGCAAGGGACCAUGGACUCAACAAUGUCGCCACGAGACGACUUCUGCGGCCAAAGAGCCAGAACUCUGCGUGCACUGCGGUACAAAAACCAUUCCCAAAGCUAGAAGACACGUCGAAGCUGGCAACCUCUCUAGCGGCUGGCACUGCAAAGCGUGUGUUCGGAACAUCCGUACCCAUGGCCAUCUACCAAAUGAGGAACAGCUUGAAGCGAUCCAUCGGCGGAGACUGGUCAGGGCGAGUGGAGAGGCAAGCAAAAUAA